UAGUUUCUCAGACAAGGAAAAAGAAAAGAAAAAAAAAAAAAACUGAAGAAAUUAAAACCAGAGCGUCGCAUUCUGUCUUAAAUAAAACAAAAUCACCAGUCUUUAAUCAUUUUGGUGCAAAAUAAACAAGCUCCACCAGUACUGGACCAACUGUCUUUCUCUCUCUAAACCCCACCUCUCUCUAAAACUUCUACCAUUACUUGUUGCAGAAGCUCAGAUCUGAACUUCAACCUGUCGAUUAAUCUCAUUUCCACCUCCAAUGGCGACGACGGAUAGUCAAUCCUCUCACUUUGUGAAGUAAAAAGCUUUUACUUCUACGAUAUAUUAGGUGAAUUAGUGAGUGAAAUGGCGAAGUCUAGGCAUCCUUUUCCGGCACAAGAUGUGUUGUCAUCUUCACCCACUGCCGCGAGAUCGAGGGAAUGGGAAGGCCCGUCGAGGUGGACUGAGUACUUGAGUCAAGAAAGUGCUUCUACAAUGGCAAGUAGGACAUCUAGGAAUGGGGGUUCUGAAAGAGUGGUGCAGAGUUCUGGUGGGUCUCAUAAGGGAUUGAACUUGCAGUGGGUGUACCAGCUUACUGCGGUUGCAGAAGGGCUAAUGGCCAAGAUGUAUAGAUUGAAUCAGAUAUUGGACUAUCCUGAUCCUGUGAGCCAUAUGUUUUCAGAGGCAUUCUGGAGAGCGGGCUUGUUUCCAAACCAUCCAAAAUUUUGUAUCCUGCUCUCAAAGAAGUUUCCUGAACAUCAUAGCAAGUUACAACUAGAACGUGUUGACAAGGUUGCUUUGGAUGCUUUGAAUGACCAUGCCGAAGUUCAUUUUCAAAGCUUGGAACCUUGGGUUCUGCUACUUGUUGACUUAAUGGCAUUUCGAGAACAAGCUCUGCGACUCAUAUUGGAUCUAAGCAGUACAGUAAUUACCUUGUUGCCCCAUCAGAACUCGCUUAUACUACAUGCUUUUAUGGAUCUCUUUUGUUCCUUUGUUCGCGUUAAUCUCUUUUCUGAGAAGAUACCAAGGAAAAUGAUGCUGCAAAUGUACAACCUUUUGCAUGCCAUGUUGAGAAAUGACAGAGACUGCGACUUUUAUCAUCGAUUGGUUCAAUUCAUUGACUCCUAUGAUCCGCCAUUAAAAGGGUUACAUGAAGAUUUGAAUUUUGUUAGCCCUCGAAUUGGAGAGGUUUUAGAGGCCGUGGGUCCUAUAAUAUUCUUAUCAACAGAUACCAGGAAGCUUAGAAACGAGGGUUUUUUAAGUCCAUUUCAUCCUAGAUAUCCUGACAUACUUACAAAUUCUGCACAUCCAAUGAGAGCUCAAGACUUGGCAAAUGUUACGUCUUAUCGGGAGUGGGUAUUAUUUGGUUAUCUUGUUUGUCCUGACGAGCUUCUUAGAGUCACCAGCAUCGACAUUGCUUUGGUUGUGCUGAAGGAAAAUUUAGUUCUUACAUUGUUUAGGGAUGAGUAUAUACUAUUGCAUGAGGACUAUCAGCUAUAUGUUCUGCCACGGGUAUUGGAAUCAAAGAAGAUGGCAAAAUCUGGACGUGCAAAGCAAAAAGAAGCAGAUUUGGAAUAUAGUGUUGCAAAGCAGGUGGAGAAAAUGAUAAGUGAAGUACAUGAGCAAGCAUUAAUAUCCUGUGAUGGCAUACACCGUGAAAGGAGAAUACUAUUAAAGCAAGAGAUUGGAAGAAUGGUGCUCUUUUUCACCGAUCAGCCCAGUCUUUUGGCUCCUAAUAUUCAGAUGGUAUUUUCUGCCUUGGCUUUAGCGCAGUGUGAGGUUAUGUGGUAUUUCCAACAUGUCGGAAUCUCAUCAUCAAAAUCUAAAGCUUCUCGAGUGGUGGCAGUAGACAUAGAUCCAAGUGAUCCAACUAUUGGGUUCUUAUUGGAUGGUAUGGACCGCCUUUGCUGUCUAGUGCGCAAGUACAUUGCAGCAAUUAGAGGCUAUGCAUUAUCAUAUCUGUCAUCAUGUGCUGGUAGAAUCCGCUUUUUGCUGGGUAGUCCAGGAAUGGUAGCUCUUGACCUGGAUGCAACCUUAAAAGGGCUUUUCCAGCAGAUCGUUCAGCAUCUUGAAAACAUACCAAAACCACAGAGUGAAAAUAUUUCUGCAAUCACAUGUGAUCUAUCUGAGUUAAGAAAGGAUUGGUUAUCAGUGUUGAUGAUCGUCACUUCUGCUCGAUCAUCUAUUAACAUUAGGCAUUUGGAGAAAGCUACAGUAUCUACUGGAAAGGAAGGCCUAUUGUCAGAAGGAAAUGCUGCAUACAAUUGGUCCAGGAGUGUUGAUGAACUUGAAUUUCAGUUAUCAAGACAUGGGAGCCUUAAAAAGCUCUACUUCUAUCACCAGCAUCUCACAACGGUUUUCAGGAACACCAUGUUUGGACCUGAAGGGCGUCCUCAGCAUUGCUGUGCAUGGCUUGGUGUUGCAAGUAGCUUUCCAGAAUGUGCUUCCCCAAUUGUUCCAGAAGAGGUCACUAAAAUUGGGCGAGAUGCAGUUCUAUAUGUUGAGUCACUUAUUGAAUCCAUCAUGGGGGGAUUGGAAGGAUUAAUCAAUAUUCUUGACUCUGAAGGAGGAUUUGGCUCUCUGGAGAUGCAGCUUCUCCCAGAGCAGGCAGCUGUUCUCAUGAAUUUGACAUCAAGAGUUCCAAUUCUUUCAUCAAAAUCCCCAAGAGGUGUGUCUGGUUUUCAUUUCCCAGGCUAUGAAAGCUAUCCUGAAAAUAAUAGUUCUAUUAAAAUGUUAGAAGCUGCAAUGCAAAGGUUGACAAAUCUUUGCUCAGUUUUAAAUGACAUGGAGCCUAUAUGUGUUCUAAACCAUGUUUUUGUUCUGAGGGAGUACAUGAGAGAAUGCAUUAUUGGGAACUUCCGGAGGAGACUUCUUGCAGUACUGAAGAAUGAUAAUGAUCUUCAACGACCUUCUGUUCUAGAAUCGCUGAUUCGUAGACAUAUAAGUAUAGUCCAUCUUGCGGAGCAACAUGUUAGCAUGGACCUAACACAGGGCAUCCGAGAAGUUCUACUUACAGAGGCCUUCUCUGGCCCAGUUUCUUCUUUGCACUUGUUUGAGAAACCUGCAGAGCAACAUACUGGAUUAGCUAGCGAAGCUGUAUGCAACUGGUAUAUUGAGAACAUUGUCAAGGACAUGUCUAAUGCUGGAAUCCUGUUUGCACCACUCCACAGAUGCUUUAAGAGCACAAGGCCAGUUGGGGGAUAUUUUGCCGAAUCAGUAACUGAUCUCAGGGAAUUGCAAGCCUUUGCUCGUAUUUUUGGUGGCUAUGGAGUUGAUAGGUUGGACAGAAUGAUAAAAGAACACACAGCUGCGCUUUUGAAUUGUAUUGACACAUCACUGCGAGCAAAUCGUGAGGUGCUAGAGGCUGUUGCUGGAAGCAUGCAUUCCGGUGACCGGAUAGAAAGAGAGGCAAAUGUUAAGCAGAUUAUUGAUUUGGACACGGUGGUUGGGUUCUGUAUUCAGGCAGGGCAAGCCAUAGCUUUUGAUUGCCUUCUAGCAGAGGCUGCUGGAUCUGUGCUUGAAGAAGGUGCACCUUUGAUACAGUCAUUACUGUCUGGGGUUGUUAAACAUUUACCUGAUGAAGUACCUGAGAAGAAGGAAAUUAGGAGGAUGAGAAGGGUGGCAAACAGUGUUGGUGUAGCGGGUGACCAUGAUUCUGAAUGGGUGAGAUCAAUUUUGGAAGAGGUUGGAGGUGCAAAUGAUGGUUCAUGGAACUUGUUGCCAUAUUUCUUUGCCACCUUCAUGACAUCCAAUAUAUGGAACAGUACUGCAUUUAAUGUUGACACUGGGGGCUUUAACAACAAUAUCCACUGCUUGGCAAGGUGCAUUUGUGCUGUGAUUGCAGGAAGUGAAUUUGUUAGAUUGGAAAAGGAACAUCAGCUGAAACAGUCUUUCUCAAAUGGCCAUGUUGGUGAGACGUUGGAUUCUGAGACACAGAAUCGUUCGUCAGCUGAAACAAGCAUAAAGUCCACAAUGCAGCUCUUUGUUAAAUUCUCUGCCGGGCUUACACUGGAUUCUUGGAGUGAAGCCAACAGAUCUCAUCUUGUAGCAAAGCUAAUUUUCCUGGACCAAUUCUGUGAGAUUUCUCCAUUCCUACCAAGAAGCUCACUUGAACUCCACAUUCCUUGUGCCAUUCUCCGUUCGAUAUACAGCCAGUACUACGCGAAUUCUCCUUCCACGGCGCUGGCAUUACUAAGUGUAUCACCUCACCAUUCCCCUGCCGUGUCCCUAUCACAUGCAUCUCCUGUAAUCAGGCAUCCACGUGGCGGUUCUACCCCUCAGUCAAGUGUUAACGAUUCAGGUUACUUCAAGGCAUCAUCAAUGCAUAUCCAGGAUCAAUUCUAUGAUGCUGAUAGUGGAAGCCUACAAAACAUGGACAACAAACAUCGGAAUGUUAGGCGGUCAGGUCCUCUGGAUUAUAGCUCAAGCCGCAACAAAGUAAAGUUUGUUGAAGGCUCGACAUCAGGAAGCAGAGGCCCCAGUCCAUUGCCAAGGUUUGCAGUGUCAAGAUCUGGUCCUAUAUCAUACAAGUAGAAAUUUGGCAAAACUGAACAAAGGAAACUGUAAAUAUCUGCUUCUUCCUUCUAUAUAUAAUUGGUUAUUCAAAUGCAUGUAGUAGUCACCCAGGUGAUAUAUACAAAUUUUGUCAAUAUUUAUACUUGAAAGUACUUCAUAGCUUCUCUAUGUACUGGACCUCAUAAUGUAAAACUGUCUUUAUUAUAUGCUUGCUCAAGCAUAUGACCUGAAUGUUUUUAUUUAGUCGUGCUCAGUUUAGUUGCUUCCAUGAAAAA